AGUAGUAUAAAUUUUUCAAUAAUUGUUCACCAAAAAAUCACUCAGAUUCCAAAAAGUUCAUACCACUUUCCGGCAAAAAGUUUUUUAGCUUAAAUUUCCCUCUGAUCCCCAUCAGUAUAGACCAAUAGAAAAUGGUCCAGAGGCUAAGUUGAUGUUAGCUUGAGCACCAGAAAGAAAGAUAAAGAAUAAAGAAUAUCAUAUGAGUUUGAAUUUUUUGACUUGAUCUGAUGAGUUUUUCUUGAAAAGCCACUCCUCGAGCAUCUUUUGCUGAUUCUUUAAUCAGUGGCAAUUUUUCGAAAUUAUAUUUGGCAAUUUGCAGCCUGAAGAAAGUUGUCACAAAAUGCAAAGAAAUUCAUUGACUUUCAUGGCAAGUAACAUGGAAAAAUCUCCAUUUGGUUCGAAAAGGCACGAUGACUCUGAAUUCAACUUGAAAGAAUGGGAACUCAAAGCUCGAAUCAGACGCGAAAAUACAAGUUCAAGAAGAUUUUCUGCGUCGAAUAUUAGAAGUUAUAGAGAAGAUGCAAGGUCUUUCAGAUCAAAUAUAACCAUUUGUAGUACUGUUUCUUCUCCUGGCUACACCAUAAAAGAUGAAAUUGACCCUUCAACAUAUUCAUUCACCACAGCCCUGAAAGCAUUGCAGGCAAAAACUGUGUAUUCUUUGGAGUACCUUUCUCCUGAUGGUUUUGUUCUCAACUCCAAACAAGCUGAGAAAGAAGGAGAAGUUCAUCUCCAAUAUUGUCCAGGUGAAUCUCAAAUUGCAGAUAUGUUCACUAAAGCAUUGUCCAAAUCCAAGUUUGAAGACUUAAGAUUGAAGAUUGGAGUUUUACCCAAAAGCUUCAAAGAGGAGAAUUGGAGAUUGCCUGUUAGCAUGAUAUAUCUGGACCAUACAAAAAUGCCCUCCCAGGUAGGAGUGAAAGAAACAAAAGAGAGAGAGGACACAAAAGGAAAUGAAUCAGGAGAGAGAAAGAAGAUGUGCAUGCAAGGUGGAUGUCUUUCACUGAGGAAUUUGUGGAUGAGAAAAAGGCAGAAAAAGAAGCAAGAAUCUAGAAACAAGAAUACCUUUCUUUACCAUCUCAAUGCUUGCUAA